AAUUUAAAGCAAGAAAUGGCUGACGGUAGACAGAGUAUGAACAGUAGACAGCGAUCAGAUCACCUAUCAAUAUCAUCAGGGAGCUCUACUUGCUGUUCACAUCUUUGUUCACAAGUCAUCAGAACAGUCCUCUUCAUCUUCAACUUCAUAUUCUGGGCACUAGGCGGCACAUUACUAGUACUAGGAGUUUACCUGAAGAUAGAAUACAAGUCUCUAGACAACAUCUCUGACGAUAACUUUGGAACAUGGAUGUACGGACUCAUCAUCGUCGGCUCCGUGAUAUUCGUGAUAUCAUUCUUAGGGUGCUGUGGAACUCUGCUUCAAUCUAAUAACUUUUUAAUGCUGUAUUUCAUGCUCCUCAUUUUGUUGGUCUUUGGCCAAAUUGGAUGUGGUAUAUGGGCCUAUACCAUCAGAGAUAAGAUAUUUAUCGACCUAGAAGAGGGGCUCGAGAGUGCAGUUGCUGAAUACAAUAACACUAAAUCUAAUGGAAAUGAGUCUGUUAUCAAAGAUUCCAUUGAUUCCAUUCAGACGAUAUUCAAGUGUUGCGGACACAACGGCCGGGCUGACUAUAACGGAGACCCUCCUCGGAGCUGCUGUCCUCGGACGGAACACGAUCUACCUCACUGUUCCGAGGAAACAUAUCAUAAUGUGGGCUGCAAAGAAAAGAUACCUCAGGAUGUUACAAAGAACCUGUGGUUAAUAGGCAUAAUAUUAGGAGUCCUUCUAUUCUUAGAGAUAGUGUGUGGGGUGGCGUACCUUAUCAUGAAGUAUAACAGCGAGGACUCCUAUACCCUCAUAAACCGGAGGUCCUCCGCGGAAAAGUACCCUGCUAAGUACUACUGCACACAACCCUGUUGCGGGCCUGUCAGCAGGAUGUUAUCUGAGGGUUCAAAUCGUGAAGGCGGACAUCAACAGAUGGCAAAACUCCUAUAGUUAGUUUUACCACGUGACAAAAUCGUGAAAAUGUGAUUCAUAAGCUUUGAAGAGCGAUAUGAGAAGUAAGAUUAACGACGCUGGAAGUCCUCUCACAUAGAAUAAAUAAGCAACCCCUUAACGGUUAACCUGGAGGGCCACUACUUCCUGAAAAAUGUAGAGGAAAUUACGACUUCGUGAAACUGAUAAAGUUAGGCAAAUAGUGACAGAGCAUGGUUAUUUGAAUUGGUUGA